AUCGUGUUCAAAUUCCGGCCUUCAAUCAUUUACCAUUUUUUCAAAUUCCAAAGCCUCUCUCUCUCUCUCUCUCUCUCUCUGUGUGUAACUCCAAAUACGCACACCGUCGAUUCGAUUCAUUCUUAACCUUUUUCCAUGGCGUCGCUUCUCAAAUUCAAGCUCCUCCCGACCCACUGCGGCGUCGCUCAGAGUCCCACCUUGAGCCCUAGGACCAGCCCUCUCGUUCACCUCCGCCGCCGCAAAACCACCCUCCGGAUGCUCCUCACUCGGAAUUCCGCCCGCCGCUCGCCCCGUCGCCGCGCCUUGCCGGAUAAGAAACGAGACGACCACAAGGAUUUGUCUCGGAGCAACACGUUGAAGGAUUUGUUCGUGUCAUCACCGCCGUAUGAUGAAUCCGACGGCGAGAUUAACGAGACCGUUGCGGCAGCUCCGAUCCGGAACGUGACUCCGGUUUGUAGGGAGGAGGAUGGUGAGAUUGGACCGACCAGUUGGCAUCCAGGUUCGCCUAGACCGGGUUGGACCGGUUUCCGACACAAAUACUUGCUCCGGAAAACGUGGCGGCCACUGCUUGCCAGCAUCCCCGAGUAAUGGAUGGUUUUUUUCCCUCCUUUU